CUUAAUGAUCCAUCAGUCAAACAACUCAUAAAUUCAGAUGAGAAAUUUGAUGUUGUUGUCAAUGAUUGUUUUCACACAGAUUGCUUCUUGCCUUUUGCAUACAAGUUUGGAGCAAUAAGUAUAUGUGCCAGCACAUCUGUGUUAAUGCCAUGGGCUAAUGACCGGAUGGGCAAUCCAGACAAUCCAUCAUACAUCCCAAAUCUCUUCACGUCUUAUUCGGAACGAAUGAAUUUUGUUGAACGGGUCAUAAAUGCUGUAACCACAGUGCUACACAAAGUAGCGUAUCACUUCAUCUCUGACUGUCCAUCGCAGCUGUUGGCACGCAAGUUCUUUGGAGAGGACACUCCUGACCUCGCUGAUCUUGCCAGGAACAUAAGUUUGUUGCUGGUGAACAGCCACUUCAGUGUAAAUGCGCCCAGGCCGCUGGUACCCGGUGUUGUUGAGAUUGGUGGCAUGCAUAUCCCCAAGCCUAAACCACUGCCUCAGGUUAGAUGAUUAU